AUGUUGCGUCCUAUUGUGAUUGUAUUGAUUUGUGUGAAUUUAACUUGGCUGUUAUCUUGUACUCCAGAGGAUGAAAAAAAAACGAAUGUUUCAGGCCUUGUAAAAAAUUAUAAAGAAGCUGCAAAUUUGUUGAAAGAAAAUUACAAAGAUGUUAAAAAACAGUGUGUUACAACGGCUGUAAAAAAUUAUAAAGAUGCUUCAAAUUUAUUGAAAGAAAAUUAUAAAGAUGUUAAAAAUCAAUAUGUUCCGGAACUUGUAAAAAAUUAUAAAGAAGCAUCAAAUUUAUUGAAAGAAAAUUACAAAGAUGUUAAAAAACAGUGUGUUACAACUGCUGUAAAAAAUUAUAAAGAUGCUUCAAAUUUAUUGAAAGAAAAUUACAAAGAUGUUAAAAAUCAAUAUGUUCCGGAACUUGUAAAAAAUUAUAAAGAAGCAUCAAAUUUAUUGAAAGAAAAUUACAAAGAUGUUAAAAAACAGUGUGUUACAACUGCUGUAAAAAAUUAUAAGGAAGCGUCAAAUUUAUUGAAAGAAAAUUACAAAGAUGUUAAAAAUCAAUAUGUUCCGGAACUUGUAAAAAAUUAUAAAGAAGCAUCAAAUUUAUUGAAAGAAAAUUACAAAGAUGUUAAAAAACAGUGUGUUACAACUGCUGUAAAAAAUUAUAAAGAUGCUUCAAAUUUAUUGAAAGAAAAUUACAAAGAUGUUAAAAAUCAUUAUGUUCCAGGAAUUCAAAAUAGUUAUAAUGAAGCUUCAAAUUCAGUGAAAGCAAAUUACGGAGAUGCACUAGAGAUAUGGAAAGACAUAUAUUCUAAUGAAAACCCCUUUUCAUCAGAAAGAUUGAAAAAACUUUAUGAUGGUGAUAAAUCUUUUGGUGAAAAUAUUAUCAAUUUAAAAAAUAAGGUAAAUACAGAUGUAGAUAACUUUUUAAUUCGACAAAUGUUAUAUGCAACUCCUAAAUCCGCCAAAAAACCUAGAACAUUUGCAGGAUAUUUAAUAAGGUUUUCAUAUGAUAAUAAGUACUUUGGUAUGCUUAUGUUACUUGUACUUCUAGCUAUGCCCAUUGGAUUAUAUAGUCCUAUACCCGCUCCUGGAGGCAUUGCGAACUUUAUUAUACUAAUAUGUUUGCCUGUUAUCAUUGCACUGACUAUUGCCGGAAAAAAGGUAAAAAUAAAUAAAAAAUUUAAGGGCAAUGUUUACGAGGUGACGACGAAUGAUAAUGAAGUAUCCAACUAA